AUGCUGGAUACUCCGGGAGUCAUCGCCCUGGCGGGCGUGUGCGCUUUCGGGGCCGUGUCCAUCUCCGUCGUGCAGAUCCUGUGCCACCUGCGAAACUACACAGAGCCUCUGUUCCAGCGUUACAUAAUUCGCCUCAUUUUCAUGGUGCCUGUGUACGCCCUGGGAUCGUGGUUCAGCCUCAGGUACCGCCACUCGGCCAUCUACUUUGACACAGUGCGCGACUGCUACGAGGCGUGGAUCAUCUACAACUUCACCAGCCUGCUGCUGGCGUAUGUGGGCGGCCCGGGGGCUGUGGUGGUCAAGGCGGAGGGCAAGGUGGUUCACCCCUCCUGGGUGCACCUCACAUGUUGCCUCCCGGCGAUGCAGCCCCUCAUGGCGGCGCUCACGCUGGUGCUGUACGCCGCAAACGCCUACACAGACGGUGACAUGAGCCCCAAGAACGGUUACUUCUACCUGCCCAUCCUCUACAACGUGAGCUACACGUUUGCGCUCUACGGCCUGCUGCUGUUCUGGAUCGGCGCUGGCGAGCUGCUGGCGCCGUUCAGCCCGCUGCUCAAGUUUGUUCUGGUCAAGACCGUAGUGUUCCUCACCUUCUGGCAGGGCAUCGCCAUCUCCGCCAUCAACAGCAUGGGCCACAUCGAGGACCCGGAAGACGGAAAGGCGCUCCAGAAUCUCAUGAUCUGCGCCGAGAUGCUCGUCGCCGGCGCGGCGCUGACGUACGCGUUCCCCCAUAAGGAGUACUCAAUCGGAGGCUCCGCGGCCGGGUUCCGACUUGACGCGUUCGCCCACGCGGCAAGCAUGAGGGACGUUGUAAAGGACGUGGUGCACGUGUUUGCGCCAACAUACUCAGAUUAUGUCUUGUACAGCGACGGCGGCCCGGCAGACCACGUGAAACGGAAGAAGUUUAGAGGGCAAAAGGGCGCCACCCCGGACGGGCGCCCGCCGCCACCGGGGCGCAACUUCAUCAAAAGCGUCGCGAGGACGGGGCUCGCGGGGCUGGACGGCGUGUUUGAUGCGGCCGGGGGCCUGGCGGGCGGGCGGCGGGGUAGAGGGGGGCCGCAGGGGGGCGGCGCAAAGAAGGCCGAACAGGCGAUGGAGCGCAACAGAAACAUGGCCGCCCUGCUGGACUCAGACUCAGACGCGAUGGACUCUGACGAGGAGGCCGGCCACGCAGGCGGCCACAUCGGCACCGAGGUGACGUCAUCGCCGUCAUCCUCUGACGAGUCGCACUCCGGUGACGACGCCUCCGGCGAGGAGGGCGCAAGGAGCCGCGGCGUUCGCGGCCGCGGCAGCGGCGCGGCGCCGCCGCGAGGCAAGCGGCGCGCGACAGAGACUAGUAUGGCUCGCGGCGCCCUGCCGAACCCAGAGGCUGCCGCUGGGCCGGCGUCGCGGCGGGUGACGUUUGCAGAGGCGUCGACGAGGGCGGCGGGGCCGCGGCGGCGGAUGAAGCUGCUGAGCUCGAGCGACGACAGCGACGCCGGCGGCUGCGGCGGCGGGGGCGAGGGCGGCGGUGAGGGAGGGGUGCAGGGGAAGGGCGAGGAGGCGGGUGCGCCGCCGCAGGAGGUUGUGGCGGUUCGCGAGCCCUCUCCCGUGGCGCAGCUGGCACAGCAGCCACAUGCCCAAUUGCGACGGCCGCUGCCGAACGGGCAGCAGCAGCCGCAGCCGCCGGUGUCCGCAGCGGGGCAGCAGGCUGCCGCGCCGGCUAGUGAAGAAGGCGAUGCGCCUGCGCGGCUGCCGUCGCCGCCGUCGCUGCCGCUGCCGAUACGGCUGGCAGAUGGCAGCCAGAAUCCGAAGCAGCGGGCGUCCCCGAUCAGCAGUCAUGGCGGCGGCAGCGGCGGUGGCGGCGGCGGCGGCGGCGGCGGCGGCGCGUGCGCUGCCGCCCCUGAGGCGGCGGUCCCGAUCGGCCUGCCCCCUCCCAAGCCGUCCGCCCAGCGGCUGGCUGCGGCCAGGGCGGCUGCGGCUGCGACCGAUGGUCAGGAGGGGCCGCCGCUGGCGUGGGCAGCCCGCGGGUGGACGAAUGACGCGGGGCAGCAGUAG